GGGCUCUUCGUCAAAGCGCGGCGCAUUGUGGGGCGGAGGCGGCCUUUCCCUGCGUCCGUCCGCGGCUAUCGACAAAUCUGCAACUAAAUAACGGAGGGGAGGACACGCAGGCUGCCAAAAGGACUCCAGAACACCUUUCAUUGUGUCAUACGGUUGUUUUUAAUAAAACACAACUGUAAUAUUGGAGGAAAAUGGGGCAAGAAGAUCUUAUGAACAAAGCCGAAGACGUGGCAGACCAGUUUCUGCGGGUGACCAAACAGUACCUGCCUCAUCUGGCACGUCUGUGUCUCAUCAGUACCUUCCUCGAAGACGGGAUCCGCAUGUGGUUCCAGUGGAAUGAGCAGAGAGACUACAUCGAGGCCACGUGGAACUGUGGCUAUUUCUUGGCCACCUGCUUUGUGCUGCUUAACCUCCUCGGACAGCUUGGUGGCUGUGUCCUUAUUCUCAGUAGAAAUUUUGUACAGUAUGCCUGCUUUGGAUUAUUUGGCAUCAUAGCAUUACAGACUGUUGCGUACAGCAUUUUAUGGGACCUGAAGUUUUUGAUGAGAAACCUGGCCCUAGGAGGAGGUCUGCUCCUGCUGCUGGCAGAGUCGCGUUCGGAGGGAAAGAGCAUGUUUGCUGGCGUCCCUUCGAUGGGAGAGAGUUCGCCCAAGCAGUACAUGCAGCUUGGUGGCCGAGUGCUGCUAGUGCUCAUGUUUAUGACUCUGCUUCACUUUGAUUCCAGCUUCUUCUCUAUCCUACAGAACAUGGUGGGGACUGCUUUAAUCAUCCUGGUCGCCAUUGGCUUCAAAACCAAACUGGCAGCACUGACCCUUGUUGUGUGGCUCUUUGCCAUCAACGUCUACUUCAAUGCUUUCUGGACCAUCCCUGCCUACAAGCCCAUGCACGACUUCCUCAAGUAUGACUUCUUCCAGACCACCUCUGUCAUCGGUGGACUGCUGCUCGUGGUAGCACUGGGCCCUGGUGGAGUAUCCAUGGACGAAAAGAAGAAGGAGUGGUAGGCAGAGCUAGAGAACCAUGCAGCACAUCUGACGCCCCUCACCACCAUGGGACACAGAGACCCUCCCUCUGGCUGUUCUGCCCACAGGAUACACAGCUUGUUGUGGGGGAAACACCCCAACAAUCAGUGGACACGUUUUUCUCUUUUUUCUUUUGUUUUUGUUUUAUUUUGGUCCCAACUGCUAAUAUUUUUUAGUUAUUAAAUUGCUUUUUUUUUUCUUUUUCAAAACCUCAGCCUUCAAUGUCUUUAAAAUAAAAAUGCCCCUUUAUUUUAAAGUGCAGAAAGUUAAAUAAAAAAAAAAUGGUUAAAUGUCUGUUCUAUGUUUACAGGAAUAAAAACAAUUCAUUGUGUUUUGCAGGUGUUAUGUCAUAAAUGAUCUUAAAGAGACGUUGAUAUUUUCUGAAUCCAGCGGGCAGAUUUGAUGAGGUCCUGCGAUUCAGCUGCCCCAUCAAUGCCAAUUUCUGUUUGUUUUGAUAUUUAACUAUUGCAGUUUGGAGUGUGAGAGAUGUACCACUAAGGCCUGGAUCUCUGUCUCAUCUCCAUCCUAUAUUUUCCAGCACUAGAGUCUUUUUCAUUUGUACACGUUCAGUCUUGUCUGACUGCCAGCUGUUGUCUGUGUGGAGACGGUCAAGUGUUUGUUAUAUGCUAAGUGGGGGCGUUCUAGACAUCAUUUGAUGAAAAACCUCAGCAGUUAUCAACUCCAGGACUUUGGGGGCCCUUUGUACCAUACAUUUUUGACAACAGCCUAACUAGUGAACCUUGUGUGAUUUCUAAGGUCAAUGAAAAGUGGGGACAGGGGGGCUAGACGCUUCUGAAAUAUAUUUGAAGAUGUAGAGAAGCAAAGAAGACUGAGCACAGUCACAAGCCACGCAGACUCUGCCUUUGCUCAGUGUUUCUUAGCCUGUGUGAGAAAUUUUUAAAAAGUAUUCAGUGUAUUGAUUUUUCAGAAGUUUAUAUUGUAUUUUUCACCAUGUUUUUUUUUUUCUUUGACUUUGAAAGUUCAUGGCGAAAAAAUAAAUAUUCAGAAAUACGGAGUCCCAA